AUGGCUUCUAUCAUGAAUCCCUGUCUGCUGCCUAUUACUCUUUCUUCCUUCUUCUUCAUCCUUGUUUUUAUGAUAAAUAAUGAGUUUGGGUUUUGUCUCGGAAACCCAAAUCCGAUUUGCAGAAAAGAUGAAAAGCAGGCCUUGCUGUGCUUCAAGAAGGGUUUAAAGGAUCCAUCCAAUCUCCUUUGGUCUUGGGUUGAUAAUGGAGACUAUGAUUGUUGCACUAAAUGGGCUGGAGUUUUGUGCAACAAUGUAACUGGCCAUGUCACUGCUCUCCACCUCUCCAAUCCCAUUCCAGGGAAUGGCAGUUCAGCUUUUGGGGGUGAACUAAGCCCCUGUUUGCUGGAACUGAAAAAACUAAGCCACCUCAACCUUAGUGGAAAUGAUUUUGAAGGAAUUCCCAUCCCGGGCUUCCUAGGAUCUCUACUAAACCUGGAAUACCUCGAUCUAUCCGAAGCUGGAUUCCAAGGAAUCAUUCCCCAUCAGCUUGGUAAUCUCACAGCUUUACACACGUUGACUAUUCGCGGGCCUGGUCUCAAAGUUGAUAGCCUUGAAUGGUUAUCAAGUCUUUCCAAUCUCCAACAACUGGACUUGAGCUCUGUGAAUCUAAGCAAAGCUCUCAACUGGGUAGAGGUGACUUCUAAACUUCCGUCUUUACAUCACCUUCUUUUCUCUGGUUGUAGUCUUUCUACCAUAUCUUCUUCACUUCAUCAUCACAACAACUAUUCCUCCCUUUUGUUCCUCCAUCUUUCUCAAAAUAGCUUCACUUCUUUAGUUCCUAAAUGGAUUUUCAAUCUCCACAGCCUUGUUUCUCUUGACCUGAGUGACAGUAAUUUUCUUGGUCCCCUCCCCGAGACUGGCCCUUGGAACUUUUCAUCUCUUGAAACACUUGACAUCUCAUUGAAUGAUCUCGGCGGUUCAUUGCCCAGUCUGGGGAACUUGCCUAAGCUCAAAAUAUUCCGCACUACUCUUAACAUGUUCAAUUCUAGCUUGCCACAGUGGAUAUUUAGGUGUAAUGAAUUACAAACUCUUGAUGUUCAAGGUAACCGGUUUUCAGGGCCAGUUGAUGUUAGUGUGGGGAAAAUGAAAAGGCUGAGAUAUCUUGAUCUUAGUGAAAAUGAUUUCAGGUCUAGUAUACCCAGUUGGAUUUAUGAAUCCACUGAGCUGAGUUAUCUUGAUCUUGGUUAUAACCGGUUUCAGGGAACCAUUUCAAAUUCCAUUUCCAGCUUGACUUCUUUGGCUUUCUUCAGUGUCUCAAAUAACAAAAUGCUUAGUGGAGAAGUACCAAAACAGAUGGGGAAACUCUGCAAGCUAGUCUCGCUUUCUCUGUCAGCAAACAAGUUUUCUGGAUUAAUUUCUGAGUUGUUCCAAAGUAUGUCUGAAGAAUGUGUUUUUGAUGGUUUAGUGGAUUUGCUUCUGUACAAUAAUCAGUUUUCUGGUCCAUUAACGUUUGAUGGUUCUUCAACAUUAAAAUUCCCAUCACUUGGUACUUUGGACCUGAGUGGUAAUAAGAUAAAUGGAACUCUCCCUCAAGGUCUGGGGAACAUGUUUCCGAUGCUCGAUUUUCUGGAUAUUUCUAAUAAUAGAUUAGAAGGUGUUGUGACAGAAAAUCACUUUGUUAAUCUCAAAGAAUUAUGGUGUUUCUAUGCAUCUGGGAAUAGAUUAACAUUGAAAGUGAGUCCAAAUUGGUUGCCUCCCUUAAAACUUAGCAAGCUUGGGUUGGGAAGUUGGCACUUGGGUCCUCAAUUCCCAGUUUGGUUGAAGUCACUAAAAGAGAUUAUUUCUGAGGUGGAUAUAUCUAAUGCUGGAAUCAAAGAUGAAGUUCCAACUUGGCUUUGGAACUUAUCCUCUCAACUUUCUGUCCUCAAUUUGUCUCACAACCAAUUCUAUGGUCAAUUGCCUCAAAACACAUUUGCCCUAACUAACUUGGACUUGUCAAACAAUUUCUUCUCAGGGAACGUCGUUCGUUUCUUUUGUCAUCCUCAAAAUGAAUCGAUCAAGCUUAAUAAGCUUCACCUUAGAAGAAAUGCUUUAUCAGGACAAAUUCCCGAUUGUUUGGGUAAUUGGCCGGUAUUGGAAGUAUUAGACUUGGCAGAGAAUAGUUUAAGUGGAAGAAUCCCCGAAUCUAUUGGGCUCCUAAAUAUAUUGUCAUCUUUGGACUUGAACGGUAACAAACUUUUUGGCAAUGUACCUUCAUCUUUACAAAAUUGCACCAGUUUAAUGAAACUUGACUUGGGUGAAAAUGAGUUAGAAGGGAAUAUUGCAAGCUGGCUUGGGAGUUCACUUUCUAGUUUGGUAGCUCUAAGGCUUCGUUCAAAUAGGUUCUAUGGUGAAUUGCCUCCAGAUUUCUGUCAUCUUACAUUUCUUCAAAUAUUGGACCUUGCUAAUAACAGCUUCACUGGUAUAAUCCCUAAGUGCCUUAACAAUUUCACUUCAAUGGUUGAGCAGAAUGAUAUUGACAUUGCAGGCAUAGAUAGGGGAACAGUAAUAUUUGAUGGAGAAAGUGCUACAGUGACAACAAAAGGGCAAGAGUACCAAUAUUUUACCACAAUAUUGGUGUUGUUUGCAAGUUUUGAUCUUUCCGACAACAAUUUUUUGGGGGAAAUACCCGUGGAACUGACCACUUUAGUGGAAUUAAGAUCCUUGAACUUAUCGGGAAAUAAGUUGACGGGAAAGAUUCCCGAGAAAAUAGGAGAUAUGAAACAAUUAGAAUCCCUUGAUUUAUCAAGAAAUCAUCUUUCUGGAGAAAUCCCCUACAGUCUUUCAAAUCUAAACUUUCUGAGUUACUUGAAUUUGUCGUAUAACAAUCUGUCUGGAAAGAUUCCUACUGGUACUCAGCUUCAAAGCUUCAAUCCAUCUUGCUAUGUUGGUAACAAUCUCUGUGGGCAUCCUCUCAUUGAAUGUAGCAAUGAUAAUGUAGAAGAAGAAGAAGAAGACAGAGGAGAUGAUUCUGAGGCUAAGUGGCUUUAUAUUAGCAUGGCUAUAGGAUUUGUUGUGGGAUGGUGUGGCAUCUUGGGACCUUUGUUUGUUGUGAAAUCUUGGAGGUAUACUUAUUUUCAGUUUAUAGAUGAUAAGUUGAAGUCUCUUUCAAGAUCAUUAUAGUGAACUUAUUGAGUUCCAAUUUAAUAAACAUUUGAUUGGAAUUCACCUGCGACUCAUUAUAUAAUUUGAUGACCAACGUGUUGUAAUUUGGGUUGGGCAUGUAAGGAUCCACUUGAAGUGAUUGAAAAUGUAAUUUGUAAGUUUGCAAUUUUCUAG